AUGAAAACUUCGAGUGAGAAUCUGAAUGUUAGUGGUGUAGCCAAUGCCAUGAUAACAAAUGACCAAGAACCUGUUGGGAAAUGUGGAAAUCCAAUUCAACUACAAAAAUCAGAGACCUCACAUAUCAAUAACAUGAAUGCUGAUGACGCUGACUCGGGAAUUGAUUUCGAACAGCCUAUGUGUCAAGGAACAAUCGAUGUUGGAUAUCAACUCACACAUAGGACAGUGUAUUAUACUCCUUUCUCGACCUGCCCUUUUGAUCCCGACGAAACGCUUAUUCUCAAUGGCUGCCACCCACUCCCACGGCGGCGUUGCUUAUCGAAAACCCCAUCAAAACCCACUUCUUCUCUUCCUCUUAACCCUUUCCCGACCGCUCUCCCCGACUCCUCCGUAAUCUGGAACAGAUACUCGUGUAAAUCGUUCGCUUGUCUUUUACAAAACAACCCCAUAGGCUUUGAUCUCAAUACCCAACGCUCAUCCCUGCUGAAAUACGCUUCCGAGCUCGACCUUCCCGUUAACCGUUUCAUGCAAUUGGCUAAGUCGGCUAACUCGGUGAUCCGUCUCGGCAUCGACAUAGGCGGCGGAACUGGGACAUUCGCUGCUUUGAUGAAAAUUUUCUACAAUGUCACGAUGCUGACCACCACCAUGAACGUCAAUGCACCUUACAAUGAAGCAGUGGCAGCAAGAGGGUUGCUGCCUUUACACGUGCCUUUGCAGCAGAGGCUGCCAGUUUUCGACGGGACGAUGGAUCUGGUCCGGUGCGGGAGGGCGGUGAACCGGUGGAUACCUUCAACGGUGAUGGAAUUUAUGUUCUAUGAUGUGGAUAGAGUGUUGAGAGGAGGCUAUUUGUGGGUGGACCGAUUCUUUAGUAAAGCAGUGGAUUUGGAGAAAGUUUAUGAGCCAAUGAUUGGGAAACUUGGGUACAAGAGAGUGAAGUGGGCAGUGGCUAAUAAGACUGAUCCAAGCGGUUUGAAGAAUGGGGAAGUUUACUUGACUGCUGUGUUGCAGAAGCCUGUUUCAAGGUGAUGAUUUGGGUUCAAAGCUUGAGGAUUCUUUGAAUUUUUGAGGUAAUUUU